UAUCAGCAAUGAUCCAUCUCUGUAUUAUGUAUUAUGUAAUAUUAUGUACUAUAUAUUUUUCCGCCAAACGACGUUACGUUAUUGUAUGACGUUGACGUCACUUCCUUUGUAUUUGUUUAUAUUAAUGUACUACUGAUGAAGGCUACGGCCGAAACAUGUUUAGUACCAGAAACAUUUAAAUAAACAGUGACGUGUUUGUACGAUUUAUUUAAUUUUAUUAAUGCAUCGGACUAUCGUACAAUGGCAUCUUCUGAAGAUCCACGUUUACAUCUCAAGAAGUUAGCGGUGAACCACAUGAAAAGCAGUUUACACGCCCGUUUUCUACAAAAUUGUAUUAAUUAUGAUAUUGUUCCGACGGGUCUACGAAUUUCACUCAAGGUCAGCGUAGGGAAUGACUCCGCCGAACUUCAAAGUGAUAUUGACGCCUUGUUACAGAAGAGGAAUUAAUAAGCAACACGAUAACGUACAAACCAAUAAAAUCGGAUGAAUAGUUUUUGCAUGAGAUUGAAUUUACUACAGUAAGGGUCAAAUACUCGAUUCAUCUCCUGUCAAUAUACACUCCGUGAUUCUAUUUAAUAAACCCACGAAAAAAAGUUAAACAUAUUGAGAAAUAAACAAAUUAAAUAUAAACAAAAAGAAGUGAAAAAAGCGAUCAGGGUAGAGAAAACGUCCACCAAUAAUUAUUGUGGUAAAUUUACUGGUGUGUAACCGGAACAGUACGGCAGAGGCUAAUCGAUUGACCGAAAACCAAUGCAAAUAAUCGUACAUCUUACAUCUGGACGGACGUCUACUUUUGUAUCUGUGUUCAUCUUGUGUAUUUGUGUCUCCAAACCUGUCCUGAGGGAUCUUGGAACAGAGACAUCUUUAUUUUAGUUGUGUUCUAGCCUAGCCAGUGCAUGAGUUCCUGCACCCGGAGGUAUCUGACCUUGAGGGUACAGAGGAGACGUGCAUUGCGGUCGGGCAGUCGCAGUGAGCAGAGGGACUAUCGGUUCUCCGGCAUCGCUGGGGAUCGCGAAGUCGCAGUGAGCAGAGGGACUAUCGGUUCUCCGGCAAUGCUGGGGAUUGCGCAUAACCUGCAUCAUACUUUACCGGCAGUGUCUGGUUGAGUUGAAGUUAUAGGUGUUAGAAAUCAAGAUUCUUAAAACUACCCUGUGCGGCUGCUGAGAAUGUCAUCUUCCUCCAAGCUUGAGGUUUAAUGCAAGCUGAAAGUGACCGAAGACCGCUGGUUACGACAUGACUUUUCAACAGGGUUUAUCCGACAUAAUUGUGGUCAUGUUCUCCAGUUACAUCCGAAGCAAUUGGAGGACAAAAAUUCCUUCAUACGUUGUUAUCCCUAUUUGUACUCACAAUAUGGGUUCAAAACCAAAGAUGAAGGGAAGAGGAGGAGAAAUAGCAUGGGGUCAUUAGGAAGAAUGGCGUCCGGCGAAAGCUGGAAGUUGAGAAGCCUCCUAUAGGUAGUCAUGUACCAUGGCCAGCUGGACGACUGAGAACUUUCUCGGGUCUACUGUUUGGAUUUCUUGCCUUACCAGAAGCUAUGGCAUCUUAGGUCCCGCCAACUGUUUCGCUGGGAAAAGUAAGGGUGGAGAGCACCUCAGUGGAUGAAGUGGAGCAGUGUAAAGAUGUUCCGCCAAUUAAGGCUGAAGUCAUUCCUGUUUCCAGCGACUCGGAAACGGAGGAAAAGGCUCCGGGGAAGGGGGGCUUCGACUCCGACUCCGAAUGGGAGAGAUCAAGAUAGAGAAGGCUUCUGGGGACGACGAAGUGCUGCCCAUGGAAACCGAAGUCCUUUCGGUUAUAGCGCAGGAAGAUGACCUGUCAACUUCUUCUGUCUUCACUGCGUUGGACGAAGUGGGACAGUUCUCCGUCGUUGAUGAAGUGGGGUAGUGUGAAGACACCCCGCUGAUCAAGACAGAAGUAAUUUCUGUUUCAAGCGACUCUGAUACAGAAGAACGUGCUCAGGUGCAAGGGGACCCCGACCUUGGUUGGAGUCUCUAAUACUGGGGUAACUAGGGUCCCGGUCGAGGCUGGGAACUUGGCACCAUUUGUAAUUCCAACACAGGUGUUUACCAAUAAUUCCUAUGUUGCGAGGGAGCCACGGAAAAGGAGUUAUCAGAUGAGGGAGGAACCAGCCGAAUCGACACCAGUUUUGCCAGAGUGUGUGCCGGUGAGGAAAGUCCUGAAACCCUCAGUUUGGACCAGACUGGGUAAUCGCAUGGAAGAGCCCAUGAAAAAGAAACGAUCGUCCCGUUGUCCGUUAAUGGGAUGUUCGUCAGAUUCUCGCCAUUUAAGCCGACAUGUCUACCAGAGGCAUCUUCCAGAGCGAUUUCAGCUAGGUAAUUUGGCAGAUCCGGCUUGGCAGGUAGCUCGGUUGCUAGGGCUUAGAUGGCUCGCUCUGCAGAUCGUCGGAGACGAUCGGCUUGGUACCCUGCUGGACUUUGCCCAUAAGCAUGACUUAGGAAUCAACGCGGAGGUGUCUCUAUCUGAAGUAGAUAGACAGUGGUUGUCCGAGUUCGCCCGUCAAUCAGGAUGGCCGGAAGUGGACUUCGACAUUCAACGUCUGAACUCGCAGGCUCUUCUUGCCUAUUGGCGUGUCCUUGUCGGUCUACUGAAACACAUUCCAAGGGAUCGACAAGUUUACUUCUUCAACCUGGACAAUCAGCGUACCUCUAGUACCGUCCCGGCUGUGGCUGGGUUACAUGUUCAAAUCCCUGACGUGGAGCAUCCAAGUACCCCGACACCCCCGGUUGUGGCAGUGACGGAACCUGCAGGAAGUGGAACGGCUCAUGCUGUUUCUAAUGUACGGAACAUGUCUGUUAGGGAGUAUCUGGCAGUAUCCGGACAGGCAAACCUUUCGUUGGCUAGGGGGAACACAUCCCAGGCGUCAGGGCGACCAGUAACGACCAGGAUUUCGGCCUUCGAUUCUCAUUUUCACCUGGACCGGUCUCUAGUGAAAUUGGGUAUGCCGUAUUACUCAGAUAUCCGGACCAUUCUGGAUUCAGAUGUAGGGAUCAGACCCCAAGUUGAAGUGGAUGUGGUAGGAGGUGUCCUGAUCUAUUGUGACCCCGAACCGAACCAGCAGAUACUUGGGGGCUACAGGAGGAAGUUCUGACAAGGAUACUAGAGUUGUCAUCCCCUUGUCAACCAAUCAUCCUUCAUAUCCGGGAUGGGGAGGAUCGGCAGUCCGGAGUGCUCUAUCUGGAAUGUCUUGAAUUAUUAAAGCCCAAUGUUGCUCGGACGCAGAAAGUGGUGCUGCAUUGUUUCACCGGCGCGCAAGAGGUAGUGGUCAGCUGGUGUAAGGCAUUCCCUAAUUGUUUCUUCAGUACUCAGGACAAGCCCGGCUUUUCACGGAGGCGCAGAAACAGGCAGUCCGGAGGGUCCCGGCAAACAGGCUGUUGAACGAAACUGACUCGCCAUACUUUCAACCAGCUGGGGCUCAGAUGUGCACUCCAUCCUUUUUAGGGGACGUGGCCAACGUUAUUGCGUCAUAUCGGGAUAGCGAGUCAGGGACGUGUGCCAGCUGACCUUGAGGAAUUCUACUCAACUGUUUGGGCUAGAAAUAGCAUAAUAUAAUAUGACAUUUGUUCGGCCAAUUAUCGAAUUUUGAAUAUGGAGUUUAAUAUUUUAAUGUUUAGAACAUUAAUUUUAACAGAAAGGAAACACAACUGAAGUGUAUAGACAAUGAAUGGAAGUGAAAGUUUGGAAAAACUCCGUUGUUAAAUAUAUGUUUAAAGAAAAACUAUAUGCUGGGCACAAUUUACUCAUCUAGUCUGUUCUAGUGGACAAUUACUGGAGCAUUGCAGAAUUGAAUACAAUAUAAAGUAUCAACAGGGCCCGGAACUUUAGUGUAGGCCAAAUUUUGGAUGAAGUAACAAGUUACCAAGACUGAAAAAGGACUAUGUCUCUUUCCCGUUGGAUAAAAUGGGGGAGAGUGUGGUAAAUUUACUGGUGUGUAACCGGAACAGUACGGCAGAGGCUAAUCGAUUGACCGAAAACCAAUGCAAAUAAUCGUACAUCUUACAUCUGGGCGGACGUCUACUUUUGUAUCUGUGUUCAUCUUGUGUAUUUGUGUCUCCAAACCUGUCCUGAGGGAUCUUGGAACAGAGACAUCUUUAUUUUAGGUAAGUACUACCAGUAUUUACUUCAUUAUUGUAACACCAAAAUACAAACUAAAUCAACGGUUGAUACUGAUCAUAAUGAAGGUUGGCACACAGUCGCAGGAAAGCAAAAUUAACCAAACAACAAUCUGUUCCAAAUCAGAAACGGGAAACAGGAAACGUAUUCGUUCAAAAGGCCCAAGUGGAACAAAACCGAAUAAAAACUCCUGAGAAAAAUAGCACAACUACAAUUCUCAAUCCAGGAAAAGAAUCUAUCUGCUCAGAUACAAAAUCCAUAUCUUCAAAAAACGAGCGUACCCCGGGCACAAAGAUGUCUUACCGAGAGGCCGUAAUCAACGGGGCUACAAAAACAAUACUGAUGAAGGAACACGAAACAUCACUUAUUCACACAAUGGAAAUUUUAAUAAAAACAGUGAAAGACCUGAUUGUCAAAUCAAACCAAAAACAAGACGUUUUGCAAAAUUUAAAAACAGAAAGGAGUACAAGAAAUUUCAGAAAAGAAAGAAACACAUUCAGCAGGGUAAGGAAACAGUUUUAAAUUUAUCAGACCGUAUAUUAUCAGACACUGAAUACAUUCUUUUAGGAAAAGGUUUAGGCUUUUGCCCUCGUAUAAAAUCUCAUGAUAAAGUUAAAUUAGCGGAAGAAGUUUUUCUUUUUACCAGAAGAUUACGUUUAAAAGAAUAUUUUGCCGACUAUAAUAAAACAGAUAUACACAAUACUACUGAAAAUGAUGAAUAUAUACACCUGCCGUUUUUUAACAAGAUACCAUCUACAUUUACACCUCCUAGUGGAAGAGACAUAUUUCUUGAUUUUUACAUAGAAGCCAUUACAAAUGAAAUUCUACAUAAUGAUAAGAAGAAACGGUUCCGACCAAAUAUCUCCAAAGACCAACUACAAGCCUUGAAAAAUUUAGCACAUGAUCCUAAUAUUGUUAUUAAAAAAAGCCGACAAGUCAAAUACUAUUGUAGUAAUUAAUAAAAAUAAAUAUAUUGAAGAAGUUACUCGUCAAUUAAACGAUGAGCAUUUCUACAAAAAAGUGAACAACAACCAACACCAGUCAGCGAAUGAAAAUAUCCAAAAAUGUUUUGAAGAAAUAGAGAACAACAACCCCGGUAUAAGUAAGCAGUUUGACUUAUUUCCAACUAAUAUCCGUAAUCCCCAGUUCUACAUUCUGCCAAAGACACACAAGCCAUUUGAUGCCAGUCUUCCACUUGGAUAUCCUGGUCGGCCCAUCGUGUCUGCAUGCAGUUCCAACACGGAAAAUAUUUCUAAAUACUUGGACUAUGUUUUAAAUCCAGCUAUGCAGCAUUUACCAUCGUAUGUUAAAGAUACAACAGACUUUAUUAACAAGAUAAAAAUAUUAAAUUGAAAAAAGAUUGCUACUUUGUAACCUUUGAUGUAUCUUCUUUAUACACUAACAUUCCCCAUAGUGAGGGAAUAGAUGCUUGUAAAUAUUUUUUAAGAAAAGAAACUAUAAAUAACCAUGAAAAUGUUGAUGAUGUUGGCAAACUUUUGCAAUUUGUUCUUGAAAAUAACAGUUUUGAUUUCAAUAAUGAUACUUAUUUACAAACUAUGGGUACUGCUAUGGGAAGUCCUAUGGCACCGUAUUAUGCUUCCCUUUUUAUGGGUAAAUUUGAGGAAGAUUUUCUUAACAAUACCUCUAUUAAACCAUAUAUUUGGCUUAGAUUUUUGGAUGACAUUUUUAUGAUAUUGAAUGACUCUUUAGAAGAUUUAAACACUUUUAUUAAUAAUUUAAAUAACUUCCAUUCAACCAUAAAAUUUACCUCUCAUAUAUCUCAACAGUGUGUAUCUUUCCUUGAUGUUUCUUUAUCAAAAAGUGAACUAGACACUUUGGUUACAAAUAUUUUUUGUAAACCCACUUAUAUGCAUUUAUACUUAGAUUUUACGUCAUCUCACCCCAUGUCCUGUAAGCGGAGUAUUCCAUACAGUCGGGCAAAGCGCUACAGACGUAUUAUUUCUGAUGAUGAUGUAUUCAAUCAGUCCUUAUCUAGUUUAUUUAAGUAUUUUUAAAGUAGAAAUUAUCCAACAAAUGUUAUUGAAAAUGGAUUUUCUCAAGUGAAAAAUAUGACACAAAUACUGGGAUUUGUUCAGAUUAUCAAACAAGGAAAGUGUUAAGUCUUUACAUUCAUUUAAACCUAUUUUGGCCUAUAAAAGACCUAAGAAUAUACGUAACAGCCUUGCAAGAUGUUCAGUGUCUUAUAACAGUACUGAUAUUCAUUUAUCGGGUCAAUGUAACCGACCAAGAUUUACACAUUGCAAUAAUAUAAACAUAUGUUCAAGUUUCAAUAGUAGUGUUACUGGUUUAUCGUAUGAUUUACGCUAUGAUGUUGAUUGUACUUCGCGCAAUGUUAUAUAUCUUAUUACAUGUAAAAAUUGUAAUAAACAAUACGUUGGACAAACUAAUCAGAAUGUUUCCCGCAGAAUGAAUAGCAAUAGAUUUGAUAUCAGAAAUUGUUCAAUAAAUCCUAUUUCACAUGUUGCUACACAUUUUGGAUCUACUGACAAUGAUUGCACUUUAUCAGAUUUCUCCUUUGUACCAAUUGAUGUUGUUCAAAACAAUCUAGACCGUUUAUGUAAAGAAACAUAUUGGAUACACAAAUUAAAAACUAUGAUUCCUAACGGGCUAAAUAAUAAACUGCUGUAUGACAUAUAGAACAUAAACAUAAUUUACAUAUACAUUUGAUGUUUGUCUAUUACUUUUUUUUUUUUAUAUAAAUUAUAUUAUUACUAAAAGACUGUUGUAUCAGCAAUGAUCCAUCUCUGUAUUAUGUAUUAUGUAAUAUUAUGAACUAUAUAUUUUUACGCCAAACGACGUUACGUUAUUGUAUGAUGUUGACGUCACUUCCUUUGUAUUUGUUUAUAUUAAUAUACUACUGAUGAAGGCUACGGCCGAAACAUGUUUAGUACCAGAAACAUUUAAAUAAACAGUGACGUGUUUGUACGAUUUAUUUAAUUUCAUACAUGCAUUUAGUAGUAUAAAAAUAUCGUUAACUCAAGAUGUUAUGUUUUCACUCUAUGGAACAUAUCAAAGGCAAAAGAUAUUGAUCGAUGACGGUAGAGAAAUACACGGUGUUGUUAAAAUGAGUUUUCUUCUUAUAUUAAUAUAAUGCCUAAGAUAUUUCAUGCAAUACUUAGUUCUUAAUAUUGUAGAAGAAAGGAAUAUUAUUUACAUGUCCUGAGCAAUGUCUUGUCAAAGAUCUAAACAAGAAUUUGAGUAAAGACUGGCAUUUUAGUUUAACAUAAACAAACAUUAACAUGAAUAUUUUCAUAAACAUGUAAACAAUUCCAUUAUAAUUAACAGAAAAAAACUGAAUAAUAUUAUCCAGAAUUUACCGUGUCAUGCGAAAAUGGCGAUAAUGCCAUAUGCAGCCAGCGUCAUUCCAGACCAGCCAGCAUAGUCAACAGUCUGGUCAGGAGCUACGCUGCCCAUUAGAAAUUCGCGCAUGGUGUCGUGGUACCAUCAGUGAACAGAGUAGGUCCUGUCCAGACUGUGCAGAUGCGUAGGCUGGUCUGGAAUUAGGCUGGCCACAUAUGGCAAAAUACCUCUAUUUGUCUUAUGCGGAUCAAUUGUUGGUGCUUAUCAAUUAUACCUCUUCAAAAGGUGUAUCCCAAUUUAAAUGAAUUGGCCUUUAUUUAUUAUAAGACAGACCCCUGGCUAUAAGCAAAACUUAGUACAUGUACGAGGCGAGAAUCAGUCAGAUGUAUGGCCAUAGGUUUGUACUUUUUGGGAAGGUUAAAACUGAAUGUGGCUAUUGUUCUGACUAAAAUUGUGUUUAUGUCAUUUACUUGUCAAUCCUUACAAAUACUCGUCAGUCUCAAUGACAUUCUCACGAAGUAGCUAUUCAAUUGCCAUCUGAUACAGGAUGUAUAUCUUAUUGAAGCUUGAGAAGAUGUUAACAGAUGUUAUGCCCCCUGGAUCGAAUGAUCGGGGGUUUAUUGUUUUUGGCCUGUCUGUCUUUAAUUGUAGGUGUGUGUCUGUGUGUCUGUCCCAAAACUUUAACCUUUGUCAUAACUUUUGCAAUAUUAAAGAUAGCAACUUGAUAUUUGGCAUCUAUGUGUAUCUCAUGGUGCUGUACAUUUUGAAGAUCAGAAGACUUUGUAAAAUGCUUUCAAAGUUCAUGCAAAACAUAUACAUGUACUUAUGAGUGGUAUUAAUAAGUACGCGGUUUAUUUUAUCAUUUAACCUUGGAACAAUUUGGGAUAAAUUCUACAAUAAAAUUUUACUGCAUAUUCUUAUUUGUGAAAGACCGGUGCAUUUAACAUGAAACCUUUUUGAUUUUGUAUUCCUAACGUUAAAACAGGAUUGCGGUGAAAGUAAUUUAUUCCAUUUUUAGUUAAUAAUUAUGGACAAAAUCUACAUAAACAUUUGACCAGUUUUUGAAAACAUAGUUUUCUUUGGCUUUCUGUCCCGUCUUGUGCAAUGAUUUCACGUCAAUUGAUUGGAGUAUUCAAUCAUGUGAGAUUCUGAUCCACUGAAUUAUCGAUCAAUAAAUGGCCAACACAAUCCUUGAAUGGGCAGUACCCUAAAUGCAUUCGAUUUCACAAUGCUGUGUUCUGAAUGUGUAAGUAAGAAAAUAUAUGUGUGAGUUGAUCAUUCUUUUUAUUGUAUUAUUUGAAAUGUAUUGUAAUUAUGUUAUGAAAAUAUUAGGUUGUUAAAAUUUUAUAUGAUAAGGUAAAUUGCAAAUAAAUGUAUUAUAUGUG